AGAUAUUUUUCUAAAAAUUGUGUAUUAAAAUGUUCAAACAGACCUUGGCACAGGCUCAGAGCAUGCCAGCUUGCACUUUCCCAAACAAUUCCCGUGCACAAUUUAGGCGUUAGUAUUAGUCAGAAACAAUUCCCAAUGGGCAAAACAUGCAAGUGUUCAUCUGUUCAGAAGAAUAGAAGGGUGAAACAUGGAACAUUAUGUGGCUACAAGCUCCAGUGCCAGAGAACAGUCCCAGGCAUGUUUAACCUGGUAUUUUAUUGGCUGAGGAUAGUUAAUAUUUCUGAAGAAUAGGAAAGUUCUCUCUUUCAAGGAACAAGGAAACAGUUUUUAAAGAUCUGAGCCCAAGAAGUUUUUUAACAUACAUUAUAUAGAUAAGCAUAUCUCUGUCUUAAAUCUUCUUUUUCUGGCAAGUUCAUUAAAAAUGGAAUGGCAAGGCAUGUUAUGAUAUUCUCUCUUUUUUUCUAAUGCAUACAAGUAUGACUUUCAGCUGAAUAUAACAGCCCUUAAGGCCAAUUCUUAACUUCUGUCUUUUGCCAGAAGAUGAAUGUCCGCAUUUAUUUGCUGGCCUGUGAAGUUCUGUAUUGAUUUCAUUUUACUUCUUAAAAAGUGGAAAAAGAAAAAAAAAAGCUUGAAUGUUUUUAUAUUUCUGUCUUAAUUUUUUCCAUAGUGGGUCUCAAAUAACAGCCUUGUAGGAAAUUCAGCAGUAUUUCUUAUGUGCCUAACAUGACAGUAAGUUGUCCUCCCAGUGCCUAGACAAACCAAGACAAUUGAGAGGACAGGGUUACAUAAUGCUCAAAGAAAGGAAAAAAAAAAAAGAAGAAAAAAAAAAAUCACAGCAGAUAUCAGGAAUGAUACCUGUCUCCUUUCUGAUGGUCAGCAAUGGUGAGAUAAGAGCCUAAAGAACAUUGUUGGCUGGAUUUCAGAUUACCUUCAAUGGCAGUGUGUAACUGAUCAUUUAUCUUCCCUAAAAAAUCAACUCUUAUUAGGUCUCUUUUUAUAGUCCUGAUGUAACAAUUCUGGGACAGUGUAUUUGUCCAGCAGUCUAUCACUGGCCUUUUUUCAAUUGUUUAAUGUGUCCUAUUAUUAUGUAUGUUCUAUAGUCUAAAUUACAUGUUUUAAUUGUCUUUAUUUGAACUUUAUUUAGAAUCCCUAGUGCUUUGCAUAAUCAAGAGCUUACUUUAACAUUCAAAUGAAAGUACCAGAGCUUUGUCUUCUGUCAUUUUUUCUCCAUAGAAACAUUUAUACAUUUUAAUGAAUAGAAUAGAAUGAAUAGAAUAGAAUAGCCUGCCAUAGAAUUCAUAUUGUGUACAGACAGAAGCUCAUUCUUAACAUGGUAGAGAUAUUGCAAGUUUGCACUUAAAAUGAAAAAGUACCAUUUGAUUUCAUAUUAAAUUCUUGUUAGUCAAUUCAGUUAAAUAAUUUGAAGAAGGAAAAAAUAUUACCUCCAUCUGGCUUACCAGGAAAAAUAAAUAAAAAACAGUAGUCUGCAUGAAGUUGUAAAAAUAAAGCAAGUAACCGUACAAAUAUUUGACUCCCCAGUCUACAGGCUUCCUUGGCUUUUUAUUUAACCUGUACCACUGAAAGUUUCAUAUUUAGGUUGCUUACUUUCCACAGUGAAUAUUCCCCAGUCAGUUAGUUACAUGGUGCUAUUAUUUGUUCCUGUGAACUAAAGGCAAUGCAAAGAACAUAACUUUGUAUUACUUGUCAUAAAGCAUACAUUACUUCCUAAUCAUUGUGUGGUACAGCCUUAACACCAGAUUCUAAAUAAUUUGAGCCCUUAAAUUUAGGAUGAUAGCGAAUGAUUGUGUUACUCUAUUCAGAUAACAAGUUCCCACUUUUAUAGGAAAGUUUUUUUCAAUAAUUGAGAGAGUAUAUCAAAUAUACAGUCAUAAUUUAAAAAAAUAUUUUACUGGCAUGUUCUAAUUAUUUUAAAAAUUUACCUAGAAAUACAUAUACUGUAAUAUGGGUAAUAUGCACACCUAAUAUACUAAGAGGUAAACAUAAUGCAGUGUUUGUGCCUCACAUAGCAACUUAAAAUGACAGGUACCUGAAUGUAAUACUGGCCCUUAAAGAGACAAAAAUGGUAAAAACCAAUGCAUUUUUCACUCAUUCUACAGAAAAAAAUAUCAAAUUACAACAAUCAUACCUAAGAAAACAUUGGUGCCAGGUGUAUUUUUACUCUAGUAUUACAUGCUGUCCAUAAUUUAUGAAGUUGAAUAACAACAUGCAGCAGUUAGGCAAGUGAACACCAGAGUGAAGAGGGCAAAAAGGUCCCUUCUCUACUUUCAGCAGUGUACUCACAAAUACUGUAUGCAUUUUGAAAGCUUAUCUCAGUACACAGCAGCAGCAGUUGUAAACAGCAGCAAGAGACAUACCUACAGCUUUCAAUAUAUUUUGUUGAAAAUUGCUUGAGUAGCCUCUCCAUUAAGAUCUUUAAUUCCUGCUAUUUGAAUUAAGAUUUACUUUGAAGAACAAGAAACAAGUCUGAGAGUAACAGCCUGUAUAAAUAGCUUAAAUUUAUGGGAACUCAGUCGUUUGUUUUGGGCAAAAGAUGCAUUAGCUUUUGACAUCAAAGGGAGCAAGAUUAAGUUCUAAAGCUUUACCCUGAAACUUGCAGUUCAUUUUCUGGACUACAUAGGUGCGGUUUUGUCAGGGGAAUUCAGGAGCUCUGCCCUUCUCCACACUGCGGCCAGCUUUGUUCAUGCAGUAUGCUCCUUAGUGUGCUACAGUCAUGGUUGCAUGGCUGCACAGCUCCUCCCAUACAGAUUAGGGCUGUCCCCACCCCAUGACUAAGGCCUGAAACAGAAAUAAGGUCUAAGGGCUUUUGCAGUAGUUAUCAGGUAAUCUGAAAUACUUGAUUUAUCACUUUUCGGGCAUAAUGAUAUGAACCCUGUGCAUACUAAAAUGUUUUUAGGAAUAUAGUGAGCCUCCAUUCUGAAACAGAUUGCCGUGAGUGAGCUUUUGAAGCAGAAUACAAGGAAUUACUUGCCUGAAUACAGUCAAAGAGUUCUAUCUUUCAUUUGAAAAAGUGGAAUAAAAGUAUUUAAUUUCCCUUAAGGAAAAUAAAAAUCUGAUUGCCCCUGUUUGAUACACACCAUCUUCUGAAAGAACUAAUGGCUUAAAUUAGUUGUCCUCUUGUGCAGGUAAUACAGCAUAGUACUCAAGUAAAACAGCCAUUUCUAAAAGUUCUUUUAGUUGAACGGUAUUUUAAAAGCAUUAAAUAGUCUACUGAUAUUCUCACUGAAACCACAAUCAAAUAGGUGUUGUGCCUGACCAUGAUGUUUGUGAAGUCUAAAACAUAUUUGGCAUUUGAAAAUGAAAAUCUCAAUGUUCUGUAUUUUAUUUACAUAUGAAUUCACCGAGAAAAAAAAAAUUAUUUAAAUAGAUUACUAAAAUCACAGUAACACUCUAUCAACAUGAAUUGGUAACAAUCAGUUAGAAGUAGACUGAAAUAGUAUUCCUGAGCUUUGUAAUUUUAGAAGUACAUUUUCCAAAGAAUUCAUCGAUGUAUAAGUACACAUGUACAUCAUACGUGAACUCCAGAUAGGUAGUUCAUUAAAUUAUACUUUCUUUCCAAGAGAAGGUGAAUAGUUUUUCCCUUGAGUUACAAAGUUGCAAUGUAUUAAAUUAAGUGCAAAGACUUAAGGACAAAACACCAAUUAUUUCCCUUUAUUUCAAAUGGAUAACUUGAAAUUAUGAAUGCAUAAACGAUUAUAGGAUUGGGAUGUUUUGUAUAACUUGGAACAAAGGUCUGUAAUACAAUUUUUCAGAACGGAGUUUACUCUGUCUCUGUUAAAAUGUGCCAUUAGAUAAUAGUAUUUCCACUACUGAAUUACCGUAUUUUCCAGUGCCAUCUUCAUUUCUGUAUUUUUAAACAGAAACACAUAGACUUAUAAACCAAACUUUGAUUCAUCCAAAACCACGAAUUUUGUAGUAGUUUAAGCUUGAGAGAGGCAUUUGAAAUCCGUAUUAAAACAGAGCACUAUUGAAAAAAAAUCCUAAGCAUUGGAGACAUUCAGGUGCACUGGUGUAAGAUUUUAUCCCUUUGUGCAAGUAAAUUCAUCCAGCGCUGAAAGGGUGUGUUUAUAUGUCACAGGGUAUUUACAGCUGUGUCCAGCUGAUUCCUGAAGUCGACAGAGCAGCAGUGCUUCCUCUAGAAAUGAAAGGAUUUUUGUCCAAGUACUGAGCAGCAAAACGACAUUAAUGCUUGGGAGAUGGGAAGUAAUGAUAGCUGGCACCUGAACUGAACUAUCUGUGUAGGCACUACUCUCCCAGAACUUCAGGAUGAAUGGGGAUAUGCCUCAUGUUCCCAUCACUACUCUUGCAGGGAUUGCUAGUCUUACAGACCUUUUGAACCAGCUGCCUCUUCCAUCACCCUUACCUGCUACCACAACAAAAAGCCUGCUUUUCAAUGGACGGAUAGCUGAAGAGGUGAACUGCCUUCUGGCUUGCAGGGAUGAAAAUCUGGUUUCACAGCUCGUUCACAGUCUCAAUCAGGUGUCAACAGAUCACAUAGAGUUGAAAGAUAACCUUGGCAGUGAUGAUCCAGAGGGAGAUAUACCAGUCUUGCUGCAGGCUAUCCUGGCAAGGAAUCCUAAUGUUUUCAGGGAGAAAAGCAUGCAAAACAGAUACGGGGUACAAAGCGGGAUGAUGAUGUCACAGUUUAAUAUUUCUCAGAAUUCCAUGCGUGGUAGUCCUGCAUCUUCCAAUUAUCAACAAACCACUAUCUCACAUAGCCCUUCCAGUCGGUUUGUGCCACCACAGACAAGCUCUGGUAACAGAUUUUUGGCACAACAGAGCAGUCCAGUGCCUAGUCCAUAUGCUCCUCAAAGCCCUGCAGGAUACAUGCCGUAUUCACAUCCUCCAAGUUAUACAGCUCAUCCUCAAAUGCAGCAAGCUUCCGUGUCCAGUCCCAUUGUCACAGCUGGGAUGAGGAAUCUCCAUGAAAAUAAAGUUUCAAGUCAGUUGUCUGGAAAUUCAGCUAAUCAUCAUGCUGAUAAUUCUAGACAUGGCUCAAAUGAAGACUACCUACAGAUGGUGCACAGACUCAGUAGUGAUGAUGGCGAUCCUUCAAUAAGGAAUGCUGCGUCUUUUUCCUUGAGGUCACCACAGUCAGUCUGCUCUCCAGCUGGAAGUGAUGGAGCCCUGAAAGGAUCAAGACAACCUUUAAUCCAACAAUCUCAGCCUCCACCUUAUUCAUCACCUAGAGAUGUUCCCCCAGACAUAUUGUUAGAUUCUCCAGAAAGAAAGCAAAAGAAACAAAAGAAAAUGAAGUUAGGCAAGGAUGAAAAAGACCAGACUGAAAAAGCUGCAAUGUAUGAUAUCAUUAGCUCUCCUUCCAAGGACUCCACUAAGCUUACAUUAAGACUGUCUCGUGUAAGAUCUUCGGAUAUGGACCAGCAGGAUGAUAUGCUUUCUGGUUUGGAAAACAGCAGUGUGUCAGAGGGUGAUAUUCCUUUUAAUGUGCAGUACCCAGGACAGACUUCUAAAACACCCGUUACUCCACAGGAUGUUAACCGCCCAUUAAACACUGCUCAGUGUUUGCCGCAGCAUGAACAGACAGCUUUCCUUCAGGCACAACAAGUGCCUGUUUUACAACAGAACACUUCAGUUGCUGCAAAACAACCUCAAACUCCUGUGGUACAGACACAGCAACAGGUUUCGCAACAAGGAGCUAUAACGUCAUAUGAUGAAGUAGAAUUGGAUGCAUUGGCUGAAAUUGAGCGGAUAGAACGUGAAUCAGCUAUUGAAAGGGAGCGAUUUUCAAAAGAAGUGCAAGAUAAAGAUAAGCCUCUGAAGAAGCGAAAACAAGAAAACAAACCACCAGAGGCUGGAGGUGCUACUGGAGGAAAUAGAGCAGCUUCUCAGGAGACAGGUUCUGCAGGAAAUGGGGCAAGGCCGGCAUUGAUGGUUAGUAUUGAUCUGCAGCAAGCAGGAAGAGCAGACUCUCAGGCAACAGUAACUCAGGAUUUGGACACCAUCAAAAAACCUGAAGAAAUUAAGCAGUAUAACGACGGGUUUGUGUGUGUUCCCCAAGAAGACACUGUUGGAGUUCUCAAAUUUAAACCUGAAAACCAUCCCGAAAUUUUUAGGAAAAAGUCAGACUUUGAAAGUCAAAAGGCAGAUAUCCAGCAAAAUGAAAACAGACAAAUGGAAUUCCAGCAAAAUGAGAGCAGACGGUUGGAAAGUAAAUACAAUGAGAGCAAGCAGUUAGAAGUGAAACAUGAAAGCAGACAAAUGGAAAUGAAACAAAAUGAGAACAGACAGACAGAAUUGAAACAAAACGAGAGUAGGCAAAUGGAGAUGAAACAAAAUGAGGGAAAACAAAAUAAUGGCAAACAGGAAAUACGGCAGAGGCCAGAAACGCCGAAACAGAAGAGUGAAGGCAGACCUGAAACACCAAAACAGAAGAGUGAAGGGAGGCCUGAAACACCAAAACACAAACAUGAUAAUAGGAGGGACUCCAGUAAACCUUUGUCAGACAAGAAAAUUGAAAUAUCUAGGCACAAACUAGAUGUGAAAUCUGAUCCUUCAAGGAUGAAACCUGAAAUUCGACCUGAUCCAACAAAACCAAGGCCUGAUGGGCGCUCAGUUUCUGAUACACCAAGGCGUGACCAUGAUAGCCUUAAACAAAGAUCUGAGGACAGGGGGGAGUCAGAGAGAUACAGAGGAGAUCCAUCCAAGAUUAGAAGGCCUGAAUAUUUGAGAUCCUCAAACAAAAAUGAACAUGAUUCUAAGCAUGGUAUUAAAUCUGAUGUUUCAAAACCUGAGAAAUUUGAAAGGAAAUAUAGGCAUGAGUCUGGAGACUCAAGGUUUUCUUCUGGGGAUCAGAAAUCAAGACCUGACAGCCCUCGUAUUAAACAGGAAGGUAAAGGGGAUUCUAGCAAAUCAAGACCUGAUAAACCUGGUUUUAAGUCACCAAACAGCAAGGAUGAACGAAGGACAGAUGGGAAUAAGAGUAAAGUCGAUACUAAUAAAGCACAUGGUGACAAUAAAGCAGAGUUUCCCAGUUAUUUGUUGGGAGGAAGAUCUGGCGCAUUGAAACAUUUUGUCAUUCCAAAAAUCAAGCGUGAUAAAGAUGGUAAUGUUACUCAGGAGUCAAGGAAAACUGAAUUUAGAGGUGAACAUAAGGACAAAGUAGAGAAGAUUGGGCUAGUUGAAGAUCUAAAUAAAGGAGCUAAGCCUGUAGUUGUCCUUCAAAAGCUUUCUUUGGAUGAUGUGCAGAAAUUUAUUAAGGACCGAGAAGAUAAAUCACGGGGCUCUUGUUUUAAACCUAACAAGAACAAGUCAUCCAAACCUAAUAAAGGUAGCAUAGAUCAGUCAGUGUUAAAGGAGUUGCCUCCUGAGCUCCUGGCAGAAAUUGAAUCCACCAUGCCACUUUGUGAACGUGUGAAAAUGAACAAGCGCAAACGUAGCACAGUUAAUGAGAAACCAAAAUAUGCUGAAAUCAGUUCUGAUGAAGAUAAUGACAGUGAAGAAGCUUUUGAAUCUUCUCGUAAGAGACACAAAAAAGAUAGAGAUGAGGCUUGGGAGUAUGAAGAACAUGACAGAAGAAGUUCUGGUGACCAUAGGAGAAGCGGUCAUUAUCACGAAGGAAGGAGGAUUUCUGGUAGUGGCCGUUACCGCAAUCGCAGUCCCGAUGACUCUGAUAUGGAUGAUUAUUCUUCUCCUCCUAGCCUCAGUGAGGUGGCUAGAAAAAUGAAGAAGAAAGAAAAACAAAAGAAGAGGAAAGCUUAUGAACCUAAACUAACUCCUGAAGAAAUGAUGGAUUCUUCAACCUUCAAAAGGUUUACUGCUUCAAUAGAGAAUAUUUUGGAAAAUCUGGAAGACAUGGAUUUUACAGCUUUUGGUGAUGAUGAUGAGAUUCCACAGGAAUUGCUGCUGGGCAAACAUCAACUUAGUGAACUGGGUAGUGAAUCUGCAAAAAUCAAGGCAAUGGGCAUUAUGGACAAGCUCUCAACAGAGAAAACCGUAAAAGUCCUGAAUAUUUUGGAGAAGAAUAUUCAAGAUGGAUCAAAGCUUUCUACUUUACUUAACCACAAUAAUGACACUGAAGAUGAGGAAAGAUUAUGGCGAGAUCUCAUUAUGGAAAGAGUGACAAAAUCUGCUGAUGCUUGUCUUACUGCUAUCAAUAUUAUGACAUCACCAAAUAUGCCUAAAGCUGUAUAUAUUGAAGACGUAAUAGAAAGAGUUAUUCAGUACACAAAAUUUCAUUUGCAGAACACACUCUAUCCUCAGUAUGAUCCUGUGUAUAGAGUGGAUCCUCAUGGUGGUGGUGUUUUAAGUUCAAAAGCAAAACGUGCCAAGUGUUCCACCCACAAGCAAAGAGUUAUAGUAAUGUUGUAUAACAAAGUUUGUGACAUUGUCAGCAGCUUGUCAGAGUUGCUAGAGAUACAGCUUCUCACAGAUACAACUAUUCUUCAGGUGUCAUCGAUGGGAAUAACACCUUUCUUUGUAGAAAAUGUCAGUGAGCUACAGUUAUGUGCCAUCAAAUUGGUGACUGCAGUGUUCUCCCGCUAUGAAAAACACAGACAGCUAAUACUAGAAGAAAUUUUCACUUCCCUUGCAAGACUACCAACUAGCAAGAGGAGUUUGAGAAACUUCAGGUUAAACAGCAGUGACACAGAUGGAGAGCCUAUGUACAUUCAGAUGGUAACAGCACUAGUUCUGCAACUUAUUCAGUGUGUGGUGCACUUACCAUCAGCAGAAAAGGAUUCUAAUUCAGAGGAGGAAUCAAACAAGAAAGUGGAUCAAGAUGUGCUUAUUACUAACUCAUAUGAAACAGCCAUGAGAACAGCACAAAACUUCCUUUCUAUUUUUCUUAAGAAGUGUGGCAGUAAACAAGGGGAAGAAGAUUACAGGCCACUGUUCGAGAACUUUAUUCAAGAUCUCCUUUCAACUGUCAAUAAACCAGAAUGGCCAGCUGCAGAGUUGCUACUUAGCUUACUAGGAAGGCUAUUGGUUCACCAGUUCAGUAACAAAUCUACGGAAAUGGCAUUAAGAGUUGCAUCACUUGACUAUCUUGGAACUGUAGCAGCAAGACUGAGGAAAGAUGCAGUCACUAGCAAAAUGGAUCAAGGAUCUUUGGCCAGAAUCCUCAAACAGGUUUCAGGAGGAGAUGAUGAAAUUCAACAGCUGCAAAAGGCUUUACUAGAUUAUCUGGAUGAGAACACAGAAAUUGAUGCAUCAUUAGUGUUUUCUCGGAAGUUUUAUGUAGCUCAGUGGUUCCGUGAUACAACUAUGGAGACAGAAAAAGCAAUUAAAUCUCAGAAGGAUGAGGAUUCAUCUGAAGGAACUCAUCAUGCAAAAGAUGUUGAGACCACAGGACAAAUCAUGCAUAGAGCGGAAAGUCGCAAAAAGUUUCUUCGCAGCAUCAUUAAAACUGCUCCAUCUCAGUUCAGUACAUUAAAGAUGAAUUCUGAUACUGUGGACUAUGAGGAUGCGUGUUUGAUUGUUCGCUACUUGGCCUCUAUGAGGCCGUUUGCCCAGAGCUUCGAUAUUUAUUUGACACAGAUUCUGCGUGUACUUGGUGAAAAUGCUAUUGCUGUUCGAACAAAAGCCAUGAAGUGUUUGUCUGAGGUUGUUGCUGUAGACCCCAGUAUUCUAGCCAGGCUGGAUAUGCAACGAGGAGUUCAUGGGCGGCUAAUGGAUAACUCCACUAGUGUACGAGAAGCAGCUGUGGAGCUGCUUGGCCGAUUUGUGCUCUGUCGUCCUCAGCUUGCUGAGCAGUAUUAUGACAUGCUGAUUGAAAGAAUAUUGGAUACUGGUAUCAGUGUCAGAAAAAGAGUCAUAAAAAUACUUAGGGAUAUCUGCAUUGAACAACCAACCUUUCCCAAAAUUACAGAGAUGUGUGUGAAAAUGAUUCGGAGAGUCAAUGAUGAAGAAGGCAUUAAGAAAUUAGUAAAUGAGACAUUCCAGAAGCUCUGGUUUACUCCAACUCCACACCAUGACAAAGAAGCCAUGACAAGGAAAAUACUAAACAUCACUGAUGUGGUUGCAGCUUGUAGAGAUACAGGGUAUGAUUGGUUUGAACAGCUUCUUCAAAAUUUGUUGAAGUCAGAAGAGGAUGCUUCGUAUAAACCUGUGAAGAAAGCCUGCACUCAACUUGUUGACAAUUUGGUUGAGCACAUUCUUAAAUAUGAAGAAUCUUUAUCAGAUUCUGACAAUAAAGGUGUGAAUUCUGGUCGCUUGGUUGCUUGCAUAACCACUUUGUUCUUAUUCAGCAAAAUAAGGCCCCAGCUAAUGGUCAAACAUGCCAUGACCAUGCAGCCAUACUUGACCACUAAAUGUAGUACCCAGAAUGAUUUCAUGGUGAUCUGCAAUGUUGCAAAAAUCUUAGAGCUUGUAGUGCCGCUAAUGGAGCACCCAAGUGAGACCUUUCUUGCCACUAUUGAGGAAGACCUCAUGAAACUCAUCAUCAAAUAUGGCAUGACAGUUGUUCAGCACUGUGUUAGCUGUCUUGGGGCUGUUGUGAACAAGGUCACCCAGAAUUAUAAAUUUGUGUGGGCCUGUUUUAAUAGAUACUACGGUGCACUUUCUAAAUUAAAAAAUCAACACCAAGAAGACCCCAACAGUACAAUACUUACUGCCAACAAACCAGCACUCCUUAGAUCACUUUUUACUGUUGGAGCACUGUGUCGGCAUUUUGAUUUUGAUCAGGAAGAUUUUAAGGGCAACAGUAAGGUUAACAUUAAGGAUAAAGUACUUGAACUGCUGAUGUAUUUCACAAAGCAUUCAGAUGAAGAAGUACAGACAAAAGCCAUUAUUGGUCUUGGAUUUGCAUUUAUACAGCACCCAAGUUUAAUGUUCGAACAAGAAGUGAAGACUCUGUACAACAGCAUUCUUUCAGAUAAGAACUGUUCAGUAAACUUAAAAAUCCAGGUGUUAAAAAACCUCCAGACGUACUUGCAGGAGGAGGACACACGUAUGCAGCAGGCAGACAGAGACUGGAAAAAAGUAGCAAAACAGGAAGACCUGAAAGAAAUGGGUGAUAUUUCCUCAGGGAUGAGUAGUUCCAUCAUGCAGCUAUAUCUCAAACAGGUCCUUGAGGCUUUCUUUCAUAACCAGUCCAGUGUACGCCACUUUGCUCUAAAUGUCAUUGCACUGACAUUAAACCAAGGUCUCAUCCAUCCUGUUCAGUGUGUGCCGUACUUAAUUGCUAUGGGCACAGAUCCAGAGCCCUCUAUGCGAAAUAAAGCUGACCAGCAGUUGGUGGAAAUAGACAAAAAAUAUGCUGGGUUCAUUCACAUGAAAGCAGUGGCUGGUAUGAAGAUGUCGUACCAAGUACAACAGGCAAUUAACACCUGCCCAAAAGAUCCUGUGAGAGGUUUUAGACACGAUGAAUCAUCCAGUGCACUGUGUUCACACCUCUACUCCAUGAUUCGAGGGAAUCGUCAACACAGACGAGCCUUCCUAAUUUCUUUACUCAAUCUCUUUGAUGAUACUGCAAAAACAGAGGUCAAUAUGCUUUUGUACAUUGCAGACAAUCUAGCCUGUUUUCCUUACCAAACACAGGAAGAGCCACUGUUUAUAAUGCAUCAUAUAGACAUUACACUAUCAGUUUCUGGUAGCAACCUACUACAGUCAUUUAAAGAGUCUAUGGUGAAAGACAAAAAAAAGGAAAGAAAGCCUUCAUCGGAUGAGGAGACUGAGAGUGACAGUAACAGUGGGAGCGGGAGUGAAAGUGAGGAGGAAGCUUCCAAGCCUCGGAGGUUACGGAAACGAGUGGACUCUGAUUCAGAUUCUGAUGAAGAAAAUGAUAUAAAUUCAGUGAUGAAGUGUUUACCUGAAAAUUCAGCUCCUUUAAUUGAAUUUGCUAAUGUCUCCCAAGGCAUAUUAUUACUUCUGAUGCUGAAACAGCAUCUAAAGAACCUCUGUGGAUUCUCUGAUAGUAAAAUUCAAAAAUAUUCUCCAUCUGAAUCUGCAAAAGUUUAUGAUAAAGCUAUAAACAGGAAGACAGGAGUGCAUUUCCAUCCAAAACAAACUUUGGAUUUUCUGCGGAGUGAUAUGGCUAAUUCCAAGAUCACAGAAGAAGUGAAGAGGAGUAUAGUAAAACAGUACUUAGAUUUCAAGCUCCUUAUGGAACAUUUGGAUCCUGAUGAAGAGGAAGAAGAUGGAGAGGUGUCAGCUAGCACAAAUGCUCGGAACAAAGCAAUUACCUCGCUGCUUGGAGGAGGCAGCCCUAAAAACAAUGCAGCUGAGACAGAGGACGAUGAAAGUGAUGGGGAGGAUAGAGGAGGAGGCACUUCAGGGUCAUUGAGAAGGUCAAAACGAAAUUCAGACUCUACGGAGUUGGCAGCACAGAUGAAUGAAAGUGUUGAUGUCAUGGAUGUCAUCGCUAUUUGCUGUCCAAAGUACAAAGACCGACCACAAAUUGCAAGAGUAGUACAGAAAACCAGCAAUGGCUUCAGUGUUCAGUGGAUGGCAGGCUCCUACAGUGGCUCCUGGACUGAGGCUAAGCGCCGUGAUGGCCGCAAACUGGUGCCUUGGGUAGACACUAUUAAAGAGUCAGACAUUAUUUACAAAAAAAUUGCUCUAACGAGUGCUAAUAAGCUGACUAAUAAAGUUGUGCAGACUUUACGAUCGCUGUAUGCCGCCAAGGAUGGAACUUCCAGCUAAUGAUUUUGUACAUGCAGCCAAAUUUACAGGAAUUGAAAUAACAGAAAAACUUGAAAUAUCAACUUUCUGGCAAAAAAAAUCAGUUAAAUGAAGAGUAAGAAUGGAACCUGGCUCGCGGGGAAAAAAGAAGGAAAUGUUUGGUAAACAUUUUUGUGGGAGCUUCCUUCGCUGUUGUGCAGCAGAAACUUCUCAGUUCAUUUUUACUCCCACUGUAUUAUAGUUUAACAAAAAAAUUGUUUAUAUCUUGAAAAAAAAAACCUUUCUGUUUAAAAAAAAUAAACAAGUGAAUGUUGGAAAUUAGUCUGUUAAUGUUCUUAAUAAAGUGUUCUUGGAGUUUAACCUAGCAGCGGAUGGCUUUCUUUAGCUUAGCCCAGUUUCCAGGAAAGCAUUGUUUUUCCAGGCUGUAAAGUGGCAGAAUCUCCUGGAUAUAUAAUUUAUUCUGUUGAAGAAAAAAAAAAAGAAAAAAAAGCAUGCAGUAUCUAUGACCUAUCUGCAGGAGGAGUUUUUGUAAAUGUAGAUUUUGAUGUAUUAGGUCACCCUGAAAUAAUACAAGAAAAGGGAUCCCCAGCAAAUCUGGUGGAACGAAUACUGCAAUAAAUUUUUUUACUUCUCUUU